AUGAAGCACUACGGUAUGUCGGAAACGAUGUCCUGCGAUGCACUUGCAGGGGAACAGGGACUCUCUUGUUCCUCUGUAAAACAGUUGCCAAUGUUAAAAAGGAUCCAUAGGCGAUUCGUAGAGGGCAAAGUCAAGGACGCUCCGAUUGAAGUUUCAGUGGGGGUCGGUGGGCGGCGGAAGCGAACGAUCAGCGACAUUUCCCAGGGUGAGAAUGCCGGGCAUGGAAAGACAUUAGUACCUCAAAGAGUGUCAUUUCAAAUUCCAUAGUUUGUCCCACAAAGACUUUCGGUUGUUGACAUGCUAAAAUUGGGAAAGCUCAUUACCGCUACCACAACCUCCUUUUAGAUCUUUAAUUUUGACAUGUCGGUAAUGGCGCGCACCGGUAGACCAACAACCGUGGAUUUUUCUAUUGAACCCGAGCCAUUUGGAACUGGUGGAUUUCGUAAGGCGUUCAAAGCGACUUCCAAUGACAGAGGAUUCAAUGGAUCAACAUGGGUGGUGAAGAGGUAUCUAGAAAAGGCUGCAGUCGACAUCAUUGCUAUUGGACAGACACUAGGAGAACAUACAAAGAAGGUAGUGCAAAUGCACUGUCUUGCACAAAAUUUCGCAGCUAAGCUUAAAGAGGAGCUUCAUGCAAUCGAUAAUGAAAUCCUUUUUGGGGAAACCAUGAAUUACAAGAAGAUAUGCAUGAUUGAUUGGAAUGAUUGGCAAAGAGUAUGUAACAGCAGAAGAUUUUAUAGAGGGGACAUUCCACAAAUAUAUCAACAACAAUGGGAGCAUAUGUGA